CCGCGAAAGAAUGGAGCUGCCCGCAACCUUCCGAGCAUUUCUCGUCGACCAUGGCAUUGAACAGCGCGUCUACGACGUAAGCUUGACUGCGCUUCCACGAUACUUUCGGAUCAAAGACAGCUCCGUGACGGUCGAGCAGCUCCAAGCCGAGUUUCCCGGCGUGCAGCCCGUUCCCUGGUUGAAGUCGUUUUACGCUGUUUCAUCGCUUGACGCGCUCUCAUCAAGUCGCUUGUAUACGUCGGCAAAGAUCUAUGGCAUGGAGGCCAGCUCUGGCUUUGCUGUCGCGAUGUUGGACCCGCAACCAGGCGACCACGUUCUGGAUCUAUGUUGCGCACCUGGCGCUAAAUUAGCCAUGCUGGCCGACGUCUUGGGUCGUCGUGGUAGCAUCACUGGCGUCGACUAUUCCAAGAAUCGUAUCUCGGCCUGCCGAUCGCUCUUGCACAAGUACGACCUCGUGCAGUCGCUGCCGGACACACCAUGGCGCUGCCGCCUCUUUCAUGCUGACGGCCGACGCUUUGCCGAGGGCACACCGACAUCCAGCGACCCGAGCGCUGCAGUCCACGACAGUGUAUUGGACGUCAUUUUGGACUCGGCCGAAGUUGAAAAUCGCUCCAAAAAGUCCAUUGCACGCAAGCGUAUGAACAAAAGCGCCCGCGCCCGCGCACUCAAGAUGCAGCGCGAGGCCUCAAGUACAGCGACUGCGUCUCGUCUCUACGACAAGGUGCUUGUUGACGCUGAGUGCACUCACGACGGGUCGCUUCGACACUUGGCCAAACUCACGACGGCCGACGCGUGGCAGUCGUACCUCGAAAACUACCUCUCGCCGUCGCAUGUUGCGGGGAUUCUGGAGCUCCAGCACGACCUCAUCCGAAAUGGGUUUCGACUCCUUGUACCCGGGGGUCGUAUGGUCUACAGCACGUGCAGCUUGUCGCUCAAGCAAAACGAAGAGAUCGUCGCGGCCUUCCUCAAGGAUACUCCAAGUGCCUCUUUGAUGCCCAUUGAUACGACCAAUGUACCGUGCCAGCCUGGGAACAUACUGCAUACGGUGCGCUUUACGCCCCUUCACGACAUAGGCGGUCUAUUCAUUGCGCUCUUCACAAAGGCUACAGACGAGGCAGAUGUGCCAGCCAAGCGGCAAAAGACGGAAUAA